ACUAUGUCAGGUGGCCUCCUGAAGGCGCUGCGCAGCGACUCCUGCGUGGAGCUGAGCCAGUACCGGGACCAGCACUUCCGGGGUGACAAUGAAGAACAAGAAAAAUUACUGAAGAAAAGUUGUACGUUGUAUGUUGGAAAUCUUUCCUUUUACACAACUGAAGAACAAAUCUAUGAGCUUUUCAGCAAAAGUGGUGACAUAAAGAAAAUCAUUAUGGGUUUGGAUAAAAUGAAAAAAACAGCAUGUGAAUUCUGUUUUGUGGAAUACUAUUCAAGAGCAGAUGCAGAAAAUGCUAUGCGAUACAUAAAUGGAACUCGUCUGGAUGACCGGAUCAUUCGCACAGACUGGGAUGCAGGCUUUAAGGAGGGCAGGCAGUAUGGACGUGGGCGAUCUGGGGGCCAGGUACGAGACGAAUAUCGGCAGGACUAUGAUGCUGGGAGAGGUGGCUAUGGAAAACUGGCACAAAACCAGUGAGUGAUGAGAGCUCUGUCAGUGAAAAACUCACUCCUUUGGCCUGUUGAAUUUAUUGAAGAACAUUACCCAAGAUCUACAAACCAACCCAUUUUUACCAAGCUUUGAUCAGUGUCUCUACUGAGCUGGAAACCUCUCCGUGAUAUUCCUCUGGAAAUUAUUAAAUGACAGAAUCCAAAAGAAUGCCUUUAAUUCUAGUCUUAGAGAAUCUAGGCCAUGUGCCAGGUUACCAGAAUGAUUUCCCGUUACCAGGUCAAAAACUGUGUUCCUGAUCUAUAAUGUUGAUUAGUUU